CUAGAACAAGUCGUAUAAUUUACUGAUAUUAAAUUAUAUCAGCAAUUUCAACCGUAACAACAAUAUUUUACAAUGGCUAGGUACAUGAGGCCCCCUAACCCAUCACUCUUCAUUAGAAACAUCUCCGACGAAUCCAGGCCAGAGGAACUACGCCGUGAAUUUGGUCGUUAUGGGCCUAUUGUAGAUGUCUACAUUCCACUUGACUUCUCUACACGGCGACCAAGAGGAUUUGCUUACAUUCAAUAUCCUUUAUACUCAUGUAAUGUAUUAAUGAACAUGUCUUUCAUUCGGUGCAUUAUUAUUAUUCACACGUGGGGUCAUAUUGACAAUGUCACACGUCUUGAGUUUGCCUACUGUUUUGAAGUAUCGUAUAUUUGUCAUAAAAGUAGGCUAUACUGGUUUAUGGGAGGGGAACAUUGAAUGUUGUUAAACACAGUAAAAUGUGUACAGACAUGAAUCAACAUCUCCUCUUCUAACUAAAAUUGCUUCUGUUACCCUAGAAAUGUUAGACGUACAGUUCUGGAGAAACCCCAACAAAGAAUGUAAAGACUGGUGUAGUGUAGUUUCAAGCCAAAGGGACCAUAAUGAUUUCAGGCAACAGGAAAUAGUGGGAGAAGAACACAAAGAGCAAAGUUAAAGCACGAAGAUACAAGGAGGCGAAAAGAGGGCACGAAGGCAGCCGUUUGUCUACCAAAGAAAGGAAAAUAAAAGGAUGUAUUGGGCGAAGACAAGCCGGAAAUCUCAAGUUCUUCUGCCAAGCAGUUAAAGAGCAUAAAGGUCAAGCUGAAGCUCAAAGGUCAAGCAUGUUAAAGGUAACAAGCUUAAUGUUUUGUAUCCUACCAAAUAGAACCCUUGCUCUUCACCUCCAGACAUUUUUGCUCUGUGUGUUCUGUGUACGAAAGGGCAAGACAAUUCUAACUUUAAUUGUAAGAAAGUUUACUGAAAUAAGAUUUCAAUGUUGCAUUUGUAUGGCCUUUGUUCUCGUUUCCUCACGAAAUUUGAACAGACGUUUCAGCUUCAUGUUUUUAAUCUUUUAGCUUACUAUUAUCCCAUGUUGGCACACAAUUGACUUAGCAAUUUGAAGCGUCCAGCCUCUUUACUGAAUUUUUUUAAUACUUUCGUAGUUGUAUGUGUGCAUACAUGUCUCCCCAUUUCCACAAGUGAAAGUAAAAAGCCUUAAGUCUGUAGCACAUUCGAGGACGUGCGAGAUGCAGAGGAUGCCCUCCACAACCUGGACCACAAGUGGGUGUGUGGUCGACAGAUCGAGAUCCAGUUUGCACAGGGUGACCGAAAAACCCCCAACCAGAUGAAGACUAAGGAGAGCUCUCCUCGCAGAGGGUCCCGCAGCAGCUCCUUCUCCCGCUAUGACGACUACGAACGCGGCGAUGGCCGACGCAGACGCUCUCGCAGUCGCAGCUAUGAAAGGCGCCGGUCACGCAGCCCUUCCUGCGACCGCCGUCCUCGGAGGUCGGAGAGCCCUAGAGACUCUCGAUCAUAUGGCAGGCACAGGCGAAGCAGAAGCCAUGAAAAUGACAGGUACAGGGGCCCUCCACGUGAACACCACAGGAUGCACCACGCACCCCCGUCUCGUAACCGCUCCGCAUCCCGCUCCCCCUCUCCUCCCAGAUCCAGGCCCAAAGACACAAAGUCUCAGUCCAAAUCCCCCAGCCCCGUCAAGGACUUCCACCCCUCUUCUGGCUCCCAGAAACAGGCCUGUCGACGCUCCUACUCCAGAUCUGUGUCCCGAUCUCGCUCCAGAUCCUAGGACCCCACCACCUUCAAACCCUGUUAUUCUGUAGCUAAAGGUGUUUUUGUUCAACACUACAACAUAUGAAUAUGGUAUCUAGGGAGUGGUUAUUACACACCCCACCUCGGUUCAUUAGUUGAGUUAACAUGAUAUCUCUGGGCUGAUGCCAUACAACAGGAGAGCUGGUUGUCCCUACAGAUGGAUAGUACUUUUUUAUGUUAGUUCAGUUUCAUUCACCUCUGAAAAACAUUGGCUGUCUUCAAUUUACAUUCAUAUCGGUUUAAUUCUAUUAAUUGAGAACCCAAUGGAUUUAAGUUCAGCACAUAAGAAUUGGUCAACUAUGAAAUGCAAAUGUACAGUUUUGGGCUAACGGGUAUUAACCUCUGGCUACAGAAGAGGUUAAGAGUCCAAAAACCCAUUUAUAAGAAAAGAGAAGUUAUAAAUCUGGAGUUAGCAGCGAUAUCUAGCCAUCAAGUUAACUGCUAUUAUUUUUGUACAUUUGAUGUUGCUAAAAUCUCCUGCAUUUAUUUUUUUUGUUGAUCAAUUGUUAUUUUUUGUGUUCAAAUCGAGCAGCAGUGUUUUCUUUUUGUGGAUUAAAAAUGUUAUGUUUUAACUUUUCUAAUCAUC